GGUACCUCCGUUGUCAGCGGUUUGUUUCUUUGACAGACGCUUGUGCUUACGCUAUGGCGUCGACAAGCCGUGGAGAUGGAUCGACCCUUCCUAGAGUUCAGUGUCCCAACCACCCCGAUGCCAUUCUGGUGGAGGACUACCGAGCAGGGGACAUGAUUUGCCCCGAUUGUGGUCUUGUCGUAGGUGAUCGAGUGAUUGACGUUGGCUCUGAGUGGAGGACGUUUUCCAAUGAGAAAGCCCUUAAAGACCCGUCCAGAGUGGGAGAUGCCCAGAACCCACUGCUGAAUGGAGGAGACCUCACCACCAUGAUCAGCAAGGGAACUGGCGCCGCAAGUUUUGACGAGUUUGGCAACUCCAAGUACCAGAACCGGCGCACCAUGAGCAGCUCGGACCGCGCCAUGCUCAACGCCUUCAAAGAGAUCACCACCAUGGCGGAUCGCAUCAACUUGCCGAGGAACAUCAUAGACAGAACCAACAACCUAUUCAAGCAAGUUUAUGAACAGAAGAGCCUAAAGGGCAGAGCGAAUGACGCCAUCGCAUCGGCUUGCCUCUACAUCGCCUGCAGACAAGAAGGUGUCCCGAGAACUUUUAAAGAGAUCUGCGCUGUGUCCCGCAUCUCCAAGAAGGAGAUCGGCCGCUGCUUCAAGCUGAUCCUGAAGGCCCUGGAGACCAGCGUGGACCUGAUUACCACUGGAGACUUUAUGUCCCGCUUCUGCUCCAACCUAGGCCUGCCCAAGCAGGUGCAGAUGGCCGCCACUUACAUCGCCAUGAAGGCCGUGGAGCUGGACCUGGUGCCCGGCAGGAGCCCCAUCUCCGUGGCUGCCGCCGCCAUCUACAUGGCUUCGCAGGCCUCCGCCGAGAAGAAGACGCAGAAAGAAAUUGGAGACAUCGCCGGUGUUGCAGACGUCACUAUCCGACAGUCGUACCGGCUCAUCUACCCUCGCGCCGCAGAACUUUUCCCUCCGGACUUCAAAUUCGACACACCUGUCGACAAGCUGCCCCAACUGUGAAAAGAUGAUCUCCUCCAGCAGGACGACAUUGUCUGCUACUUUCACCAUUGCUCCUUUUUUUCUUUUUUUUUUUGUCGUUGGUUUUUCUUGUACCCAAAAUUUCAAGCCUUUGUCAAGGCACCCUCACAGCAGACACGUGGACACACACAUUCCAGUGAUUGUGAGAGAAGAACUGUACCCGUUGACGGACAUGUUCAAGUGGGGAAAGUGCUUGCAAUUUUAGGCUGCUUUCAUACUGUAUACAUCCAUUUUUUGUAGGAAAGUGUUCUCCUGUUUUGUUUGAACUGUAAUUUAAAAAAAAAAUAAAACCUUUCAUUGGAAUUGAGACUAAA